UUUCCCGCGGACUUUAACGCGGCUUCGUUUGGCGUUUUCCUUCUCCCCUCUGGGAAAAUUUCUUUCCUCCCGGAAAAUUAAAAGGAAAAGAAAAGAAAAUUCAUUUUCGCUCUGAUCCUUCCAAGAAUAUUGUUGUGAAAGAAAAAUUCGAAACCCGUGAACUCAUUGGUGCUCUGCAGAUGCAACAAACUUACUCUCCUUUUCUCUGUUUCUCUCUCUCCGGUCGCUCGCGCGCUUUCUGUACUUCUCUCACUGAAUCACUCACUCAUUACUUGUCGCUGAGCUAAUGAAGCUUCAGAUCUCUGGCUGAUACGAUCCGAACAACACGUACGAGGGAGAAGAAGGAUUGGAGAAGGAUUGGAUUGAUGGAAUUCAGAAGAUGAAGUUCUAUAUAUCGGCGAGCGGGAUCAAGAGAGUGACUAUAUCGAACAGCGCCGCCGGUAAAGGCUCGACCAAGACGGCCGCCACCGCCAGCGCCUCUGGUCGUCGGAUUUCCGCUAGGACAUUGCUGCCUGUGGUGCUGCUUCUGGCGAUCGUACUGCCGUUCCUCUUCCUGAGAUUCGCCAUUUUGGUCCUGGAAUCCACUUCUGUAUGCUCCUCUUUAGAUUGCGUAGGAUGGAGAUAUUUCAGCGGAAGUGACGCACCUAUGAAACUCAGAGAUGAGCUGACUAGAGCGCUUCUAGAGGCAAAGGGUGAUAAGGUUAAUGAAGGGGAAGCCGACUCAUUCAACGAGCUUGUGAAUGAGAUGGUGUCAAAAGGACAAGACCUUAGGGCAUUUGCAUUCAAAACCAAAGCCAUGCUAUCACAGAUGGAACACAAGGUUCAAUCAGCCAGACAGCAAGAAUCCGUUUUCUGGCACUUAGCUUCACUUGGUGUCCCCAAAACCCUACACUGUCUCUCUCUCAAGUUAGCUGAAGAAUAUGCUGUAAAUGCCAUGGCACGAUCUCGUCUCCCUCCUCCUGAAUACGUGUCUCGCCUUGUCAGUGAAAGUUUUCACCAUCUAGUUCUCAUAACUGAUAAUGUCCUUGCCGCUUCUGUUGUUGUGGCCUCCGCAGUUGAAAAUGUAGCCAACCCUGAAAAACUAGUCUUCCACAUAGUUACUGACAAGAAAACUUACACUCCAAUGCAUGCUUGGUUUGCCACCAAUACUGUUGAACCAGCAGUUUUGGAAGUUAGGGGAUUGCACCAAUAUGAUUGGUCCGAAGAAGUGAAUGCAGGUAUUAAAGAGAUGAUGCAAGUUAAUCACCACAUUGGGAAGCAAUUCCACAAGAAGUUUAAAGAAAACGAGAUUGGUCAUACUGGACAGCAAAGCAAAUUCGUGGCAGCUUUAGGGCCAAGCAGCUUUUCCUUGAUGAAUCAUCUUCGAAUGUAUAUCCCUCAGUUGUUUCCAGAUCUCAGCAAGAUAGUGUUGUUGGAUGACGAUGUUGUAGUACAACACGACAUCUCUUCUUUGUGGGAUCUUGAUCUUAGUGGCAAAGUCAGUGGUUCAGUAUUCAAGUCGUGGUGUGGAGAUGGAGACACCUGUUGCCCUGACAGUAAAUAUACAAACUACUUCAACUUUUCUCAUCCCUUUAUAUCAUCCUACUUUAACCCUCAUCAAUGUGCUUGGCUCUAUGGCGUCAAUGUAUUUGAUCUUCAAGCUUGGAGGAGAACAAAUAUCACUCAGACCUACCUUCAAUGGUUGAAACUUAACCUCAAGUCUGGGUUAGCAUUAUGGAACCCAGGAGUGCUUCCACCGGCCUUGAUUGCCUUCCAGGGUCAUGUUCAUCCCAUAGAUUCAGCAUGGCUUGUGACAGAUUUAGGCUAUCGCCAUCAAUCAGAAGAAAUCAACAUAGAGAGACUGCAAUCUGCUGCUGUUAUACAUUUUAAUGGCCCUGCGAAGCCAUGGCUUGAAAUUGGAUUCCCACAAUUUCGGAGUUUCUGGAAUAGAUACGUAAAUUCGUCAGAUAAGUUUAUUCGCAGAUGUAGAAUCACUUGGUGAAGGCACUAAGUUCUUAUACUAUCAAUAUUCAUUUUACCCUAAGUUCGCUUUGGUUCAGAAAAGAAAUCGCCUAUUUGAGUUUCGUCAUCGAUUUUCAGCGGCAAAACUCAAAUUGGCGAUACUUUUGCAAGGACCGAGAUGUGAACAUGGUCAUUUAAGACUGAGCAAGAUAUAUAUCAGAGGGAAGAAGGUUUGGUCCUUCAGUCUCUGACUUAUACGUCCAACACCUAAUGAUGCAAGUUACUCCGUGUUCAUAUAUAGCAAUUUGGAUAAGCCACAAUAUGCAGUCGCUGAAAUUAGAGGCACGAUAAUGAGACAGAUAUGAGGUUUCUCAUUACUGUAAGUUACAUCAUUGGAUAUGCUUAUCUACAUUUUACUUGUAUAGCAUUCUGGCUUACUUUCUUGAUUGAAAAUUUUAAUUGUUGUACAGAUCUUAGACGAAUCUUUGAGAAACCCUGGAUUAAUAUUCACCAUAUAUCUUCAUAGUUCA